GGUGCUGGCGUAUCCGUGACGUAAUCAUCGCGCGCCGCAGGACGCCGGCCGGGAGGGCGCUGGGGCUGGGGGCGGGCGGUCUACGCGGUGGAGGGCACCCACGGGACACCUACGGAAGAGCCCUAACCCUGUAGGGUGUGUAGGGGGCGCCUCGCCGGUUUUGCCGUCCUCGUCCUAGUCCUAUGCGCCCCUCGCGACCACCCUGGAAGGGCCGCCGCGAUGGCAGCCAGGCCAAAGAGGAUUAAGUUCUCUGAGGAAGAGAAGAUUGUGAUCCUGGAAGAGUUCAGUCUGCGGAAGGACAUCCUCAUCCCCAAGAGCGGCCGCUACCGCAACACCAUGGACCGCCAGCGGGCCUGGGAGGAGAUCACGAUGGCCGUGAACUCGCUGAACCCCCUGGUGCAGCGGACGCCGGACGAAGUCCGCAAGAAAUGGAAGAACAUGAUCAUUGAUGCCCGCAAGGAGCUGGCCACUGCCAAGCACCCUGUGCUGCGGCGGCGCCCCCAGGAGCGCCUCUUCUAUAACAUCUUUGCUCUCUUCAACAAGACGGGUGCCGAGCUCCCCGAGCCUCUGUAUGCAGCAGGCCCGGCCUUUCGGACUAAGGGGCCCCCCAGCCCACCGGGGCCUGCCUGCAAGGCAGACAGCUUUCUGGACCCUGUCCCCAGCUUGCUACUCCGGCCUCAGGGGGGUGGGAUGGAGCCUGGCCAGGAGAGGGAGGGACUCUGUCAGAUGGAUGCGGACAGAAAACUAGAUGCGUGGCCUGAGGUCUCCAGGAAGGGCCUCCUGCCAGCCUCCAUGGAUGAGCAGGCCCCGUUCAAGGAGGACUCUCUGACUGAAGAUGCCUCCGACUUUGGAGAAAAGAGGCUGCUGGACCCCCUGAAGGACUUGCCCCUGCCCUGUGAGCCUGUGUCUCAGGUGCAUCCCGCCUCGGCCGACGGGGCUGUGUCCCCAGAGGGUCCAUCCGGGGACAUGCCCCACCUGUGCGCCAUGCCCGUGCCGACGAGCCUGUCCCCAGACCCGACUCUGACGUAUAAGAUUAAAUGCCCUGUGAGCCCUUUGCUAGACUGGCCCUGUUUGGGAGUGAGUUCAAGCCCAGUCACACCCAGCGGCCGGAUGGACGCUCUGAGUACUGAAGGAAUCCAGCCAGCCGUGGACAACAACGUGGGCGCCUCAGUGGUGACUGUGGAGGAGGGCUUGCUGCCAGGCCCCCAGCCCAGCGAGGGGGGGCUUCCAGAGAAGGAUCCCGGGGAACUAGCCAAGCAGAGCCGCCUCCAGACCGAGAUCCUGGAGUUGCAAAAGGAGACACUGCAGCUGCAGAAGGAGAAGAUCCUCCUGGAGAAGGAGAAACUGGUCCUGGAGAUUGUCAAGUUGCGGAGGGAGCUGGGCACCUGACCUACCCAUGCCCAGAGGCCUCCUCCUUCACCUAGGGCAAGCCCCCUCCUCCCUCUCCUCCUCUGAUGUCACUCCCCACUCUAGGGGCAGGGAGGUGAGCUCUGUGUGGCUUGCUCCUGGAAAGAAGCCUGGGAGUCUUGUGCAAGUUGGGCUGGGAAGGGUGUUAGAGGCUCCUAACCCAGAGCUCUGCCUGGGCCCUGAAGCUAGAGGUCAGAGGCUCUUAGCAGGUCAGGGGGGUGGGGGUAGCAGCAUGUGGCCUAGGCUCUCAGCCAGCGCUCCACCCCAGCUCAGGAGGUCGUGUUUCAGGUCAGGCCCUAGCAAGGCCACAUCUGUGUGCCAAGGGGCAGGGGCACGGAACCCUGCCCCAGGAGCCCCGGCUGGUGUAUCUUGUUGGACUUGGGCUGUCAGAAGAGUAAAGGCUUCCAGGUUUCCUUC